GGCAGCGGAGAUGUCAAAAGCUCUGGAUGUCCGUGUGGAUGCCAGCGGUCUACAGUUGGCCGAUGAAAGCCAGGAGUUUUGGGAUGAGUAUGACAGUUACGUUCUUGCCAAGACCUACUUUGAUGUGAAAGAGUUUGAUAGAGCUGUGUAUGUUCUCAGAGAAUGCAAGAGCCCAAAGCCGUACUUCCUGCGCAUGUACUCCCUCUACAUGUCUGACCAGAAACGCAAGGCUGACAACAUGCCAGACUCCAGUGGUCACGUUGAACCGCAUGAGGAUGAAAUUCUGAAAAUUCUUCAGACGGAACUUUCAGAGAAACACAGCAGGAAGGAACUGGAUGGCUUCGGUUUGUACCUGUACGGGGUGGUGUUGGCCAAGCUGGAGCUACUGUCUUUGGCAACUGAAAUGUUUGUGGAGUCAGUCAACAAGGAGCCCUUGAACUGGGCUGCCUGGAUGGAGCUGGCACGGAACACCACAGACAAGGAGAUGCUGAUGUCCUACCAGCUGCCCAGUCACUGGAUCCGAUCUUUGUUUAUGGCCAAGGUUUACAUGGAGCUUCAGCUGCACGAGGAGGCCCUCAACAUCUACAGAAUCUUCAUGGAACGAGGCUUUGCCCAGAGUCCUUACAUCGUGGCACAGGUUGCAGUAACUUAUCAUGACAUGCGAGAUGUGGACCAGGCUGUGACGACCUUCAAGACGCUGGAAGUCAUGGACCCUUACCGAAUUGAAAACAUGGACAUCUACUCCAACUUGCUCUACGUCAAGGAGAAGAAGAGUGAGCUGGCUCACCUGGCCCACAAGUGUUGUACUGUCAACAAGUAUUGUGUGGAGACAUGCUGCGUCAUUGGCAACUACUAUUCCUUGAGAUCCCAGCACGAGAAGUCCAUUGUGUACUUCCAGCGAGCCCUAAAGCUGAAUGCCAACUACAUCUCUGCCUGGACAUUAAUGGGUCAUGAGUACAUGGAGCUGAAGAACACCUCAGCUGCCAUCCAGGCUUACAGGCGGGCUAUAGAGGUGGACCAGCGGGAUUACCGGGCUUGGUACGGGCUUGGACAGACCUAUGAGAUCCUCAAGAUGCCAUCAUAUGCUCUCUACUACUACAGGAAAGCACAGACAUUGAAGCCCAAUGACUCCAGGAUGGUGAUAGCCCUGGGUGAGUGCUACCAGAAGGUGGACAAGCCACAGGAAGCCAAGAAAUGUUUCUGGAAGGCUCACAGCCUAGGUGACACCGACGAGAUAGCACUCUACAAACUGGCCAGCCUGUAUUCCUCACUUGGAGAGAAGGACAAGGCUUGUCAGGCUUAUACUGAGUACAUCAGCCAGGCAGACCGCAUGUUGAUCCACAAUCAUGAAGAUCUGAGUCGGGCAUACUUGUACCUGGCCACCUAUCACAUGGAGCAUAAACACUGGGACACAGCCUACCUGGCCGCUCAAAAGUGCACAGAGUUCACCGAGACGCGAGAGGAAGCCAAGGCUUUGCUGAGAACUAUUCAGACACGUCGAGGACAAGACAUGGCCGGUUCCACGUCAGAGAUGAACAUUGAUGACAGCAUGGACAGUAUAGCCCAAACUGACCAAUUUAAUCUGGGCCUGGCACGGACAUUUGACAGGGUGACACCUGUCAAUUUAAAGUUUACACCCUAA